GUGUAUCGUCUGCUGCGCGCCGCGGGUCCUCCUGCUUCAGAGCUGCACAUGUGACGGCGCGAACGAGCCGCCCACAGGAACACGAUUCAACGGACCACAGGAGCUCGAACCACCGGAGCUCAGGCGCCACCGAUCACUCCUGUGUCCGCACGCGUUAGCCGAUAGCUCCGCUGACGCCUCCGCUCCGAGACCUGGGACUGUUUGACGCGCUCAAGUGACGUUCGGGUGCCUUAUCGAGCGUUUCCAUUUUAUUUCAGCAGUUUCGUGAAGCCACUUCUGCUCCGGGUAGAAGAUGAAUUCCCUGGGCAGUUCUUCCAAAUGGCCGUCUUACGACCCGCUACCCUCCACCUUGACCUUUGUCCUGAGUGAGAGUGAGCAGACUGAGGAUGAGGCUGAUGUCUUUUCAGAGGGAGAGGGAGACGGUGGCAAAAGAAAGUCCCUCUCAGCCGAGGAUGGAAUCACAUAUUCUGGACGUUACAUCGAUUUCCGACCUUACGCCGAUCAGCGACGUUCGAUGUUCAGGAGAGAACAGUCCAAACGCUGCCCUGAUGGAAGUAUACAUCCAAACUCAGCCUCCUCUCUUGGAGCUGCCACAUUAGGCUCAUCAUCAGCGACACCAGGGGAUCUGGCCUUCGCUCAGAAAUGCGCAGAUUUGCACAGGUUUACCCGUCCUUUGCUUGGUCUCCUGCACGGACUGAAGACAGGACGAUUUGACAAAGGUUUAACCAGUUUCCAGCAGAGCGUUGCCAUAGACAGAUUGCAGAGGAUUCUUGGGAUCCUGCAGAAGCCUGAUAUGGGUGAGAAAUACCUCCAAAAUCUGCUUCAGAUAGAGAUGAUGUUAAAAAUCUGGUUCCCUCAGUUGGCGUUUCAAACAAUAGUAACACCAAACCCGACCAUCACUCCCCGAUAUCCACACUGGCGCCAAAAUCAGCUCCACAUGCCAGUCAAGAAGAGAAAACUGAGCUGCUACGAUUGA